AUGGUGAAACCAUUCUCCAUCUUGCCAUUGAAAGCGGACGCAUGGAUUUGGCGUUCCAAAUUAUUUGUAAGCAGGAAGAUCUCAUGGAUUCUGUUCACCGUCGUGGAAUCUUCCCUCUGCAUGCCGGAAAGUCCCCUCUGGAUGUCCUAGCUGAGAAGCCUACUGCAUUCAGAAGCGGAAUUCAUCUCGGCUGGUUCAACAAAAUCAUUUAUCACUGUAUUUCUGUUGAAGAACUCAUCCCUGCAGGGACUUCCAAAGCAAAGAAGAACUUCUUUCAAGAGCUAUGGAAGCUGAUUAAGUUACCAGGAAAAUCUAAAAAGCACUUGGAUCCAGAGAAUCCUGAAGAAGGGCAAGGAAUUGAACAUCAUGGUCAUAAUUCAAGCAAUAUUGGAGCUCAAGGACACAAACCAUUCCCCUCAAAAUAUGGCAGAUGCCUGAGGUUCAUCAAGCUUCUUGUAUCCCAAGUACUGCUGGUUAUCAUAUCAGUAAUGCCAGGUUCAAGCCAGAUAAGAAAGCUAAAAGAGAAAAAAGAGAUGCACGUAUGGUCUCUUCAGAUCCUGAACAAACUACUUGAACGUGCUGCAAGGUGUACAUAUGAAAUGAGUCCCAAAAAUGAUAAGGCAGACCCAUAUAAUUACAGCGUUCAUUCAGAGUAUAGAUACUUUGAAAGGGGACAAGGAGCUUGGGGGAUGACACCAAUACUAGUUGCAUCAAGGAAUGGUAUCGUGGAAAUGGUAGAGAAAAUCCUGCAACUGUUUCCUAUGGCCAUUUAUGACACCGACAACAAUUCGAACAUAGUGCUGAAGGCAGUAGAGAAUAGGCAAUCACAUAUAUAUGACUUCUUACUCAACAGUAGUCUUCUUCUUGAUAGAGAAGUUUCAUUUCACGCUGUUGAUCAUGACUGGAACAAUGCAUUGCAUCUAGCUGGACAGCUAGCAGGUGACCGCCACCUCCAGCAUAUCCCCACCAGCAUGUUGCAAAUGCAGUGGGAAGUCAAGUGGUACCAGUAUGUGCAGAAUUCCUUGCCACCACAUUUUGUUGUUCAAAAAAAUAGGGACAGACGUACCCCAGAUGAGAUCUUCCAAAUAGAACAUCAAAAACUUGAAGACGAAAGCAAACAAUGGCUAAAUAGCACCUCCAAUUCCUGCUCUUUCAUUGCAGCACUUAUAGCAACCGUUGCCUUUGCCUCAUCAGCCUCUGUACCUGGAGGGCCAUGUUGACCUGUUUCUGCUCGGGAAACUUCUUGAUGCUUAAGGGCCAACUAAAAUAUGCUGCAAUUCUGGUAUAUGCACUCACCGGCCUGCUAAUGGCGUACUUUGUUCUCAAGCACUUUCCAUUAUUUAUUGAUCUUCUGAAGGCUACAUUUCGUAAGGUGCCUGAGCGUAUAUACAAGGAGUAUCUGUAGAUUGCUUUGGUCUGGGCUCAAGGAGGACCUUAUGCCAUGGUGAUGAUGGCCAGAUCUGAUGAUGUAAUUUUUCAGUUGUUUUG